GGGUUAGUUCGCUGUCUGUGGUGCUGAAGCUGCGCGUGCCGGCGACUCAAGCGCAAGAGGGGAGCUCAAUCGAGCCUACCGCUUUCACCCAAGAUCACUCUGUAAAACCACCGAGCAAGGGGAGACGGGGACAGAAUCGUAGCAGAGGGGGAAGCCAGUACCACAAUCCACAAAGGUUCUCACUUGUCUUUUUGCAUAGACUCGAAAUAAUUUUGUUUUUGUUUUUUUGUAAAGCUAGCUUAUUUUUCUGCGAGCUCUGCUUUUUUCUUUCUUUCUUUUUUCUGCUGAAUUCUGACUCCCGCUUGAAUCGCAUCCUUUAUGCACAGCACGCUGAUUCAGUCCUCCCAAGGAAAACAGGCAUUCGUGUCGGAACAGCAUGGCCUGCUGCUAUCGCGCACACUGAGAGAUAUGGAAGCCAAGCAGCACUCGAUCAAAAGCCUGAAAAGCUACCCAGAGGCGGGGGGCCGAAGUCUGGCGGCGGCUGCGGGUGCGGACGUUAGCGGCGGCGGUGGUGGAAGCGUCGGGUACCGUGCCGGUGCGGCAGAGCUUGAGAUGGAGGCAAAAAUACAGAAAGCGGUGGACUUUAAGGUGGAGGGCCACCGCUGCUACAAGGAGAAGAAAUUCCGGGAAGCGAUAGGGAAGUAUCAUCGGGCUCUGUUGCAACUGAAGGGGGUACAUGUAGCCGAGGGGACCACUGGCUCCGAGGUUAACCUACUGAACCAAGCCGCAGUCAGGCUGACCGAAGAUCAGCGAAGAGCCGUGGAGAACACGGAGAUCGAGUGCUACGACAGCCUGACAGCGUGCCUCCUGCAGUCCGAGCUGGUGAACUACGAACGGGUGAAGGAGUACUGCCUGAAGGUGCUGAGUCACCAGCAGGGCCACUUCAAGGCCAUGUACCGCGCCGGCAUCGCCUUCUACCACCUGGGGGACUACGAGUGCGCCCUGCGCUACCUGCGCGAUGCCAAGAGCCGCGAGCCCACAGACACCAACGUGUUGCGCUACAUUCAGCUGACGGAGAUGAAGAUGAGCAAGAGCGGCCAGCGAGAUCGAGAGCCAUGCAAAGAAGCCAUGGGUUAAAGCCCCACCCCGCAUUCCUCCGCCCCCUGCCACUCACCCCGCCCAAGUAAAUACCCCUCUUUGCCCUGCACCCCCAGUGACCCUGGCACCUCCCAGGUUGGAUGCAACCCGCAUUCCCUGCCCCUCCCCUUACCU